GGGCGCAUGCAUCGUAACAAGCAAAGCUCGAUCUACCAACUCCCUUAGCUUCAGAGACAUUAUUAUAUUAUAUUUAAGCAAAAGUAAAAAAGAAAAGAUGCCUUGCUUAGAUAUAUCAACCAAUGUGAAGCUUGAAGACGUAGACGUGGAGUCCUUUUCCCGGGAAGCCACCACCGCCGUCGCCACCAUCAUCGGAAAACCCGAACAGUUUGUGAUGAUCAUCCUGAAAGGAUCUGCAAACAUAACCUUUGGAGGCAGUAAAGAGGCAGCAGCUCUGGCUGAGAUUGUGUCCAUGGGAGGCAUCACUACUCAAGUUAAGAGGGAGCUCAUCUCCACCAUUGGCACAAUUGUGGAGAACAAACUCUCCAUUCCCAGAGCGCGCUUCGUCCUCAAGGUCUAUGAUACCACACUGGCAAAAAGGUUGUCCAAAAUGUAGUCAAAAGUCAUUUGAUCUGUGUUCAAGAAGCAUAAUGAUAUGCAUAGUUGUCUUAGUUUGAUGAUUGUAAUGUACCCUUGAUGCAGUUAAAUGAAUAUGCAUUAGCUUGGCUAUUCAGUCUA